AUCGCCCGUCGGGAGGCGUUCACUGGUUGAAGUGAUGGCGACUGGGGCUCCGGAUUCGCAAGCGCGAUUUGGUCAGUCUGUGAAGGGGCUUCUCACGGAGAAGGUGAACACCUGUGGUACUGACGUGAUCGCGCUCACCAAGCAGGUGCUGAAGGGCUCCCGGAGCUCCGAGCUGCUAGGUCAGGCUGCUCGAAACAUGGUACUACAGGAAGAUGCCAUCUUACACUCAGAAGAUAGUUUAAGAAAAAUGGCAAUAAUAACAACACAUCUUCAAUACCAGCAAGAAGCUAUUCAGAAGAAUGUUGAGCAGUCAUCAAACCUACAGGACCAGUUAAAUCAUCUGUUGAAGUAGAACGUGUUAUGAGAGGGCAAAAGCACUUUGCCUGACAUUGAGGAGGAAAUAUCUUACAUAACCACUGUGCUAUGGGUUUGAUUUUCCAUUUUCUUCUCCAAAAGUUAAGUUAGAGUAAGAUCUGUGAUGAUGAACAGUUUCUCCUGAAAGGAAGUUAAGUGAUUGAAUUUUUUUUUU